UCUUCACCUUAUGUGUAUAUGAUUUGAAUGAUUGUCUCGUUCGUUGUCCGACCGUAUCGUUGCAAGAAGAACUCACGGCGCACAAAAACUUGAUCCAAUCGGUCGGCAGCCCAGACCCCCUUUCUACCCCAGAGAUUGCUCUUAUCGGCCGGGAUGAGCACCCCCGGGGAUUAUGACGCUGUCCGCAAGGACAUCGCCGCCCAACUGAAAAAACCCGAUUAUGACGACGGUAGCGCUGGUCCUGUCUUUGUUCGUCUAGCAUGGCACUCCGCUGGCACGUAUGAUGCGGAGUCCGACACGGGCGGCAGUAAUGGGGCCGGCAUGCGUUAUGAAGCUGAAGGCGGGGACCCAGCCAACGCAGGCCUCCAAUUUGGCCGAGCAUUUCUCGAACCCGUUAAAAAAAGGCAUCCCUGGAUCACAUAUUCGGACCUGUGGACCCUGGCUGGUGUAGUUGCCAUCAAGGAGAUGGGUGGGCCCGAAGUCCAAUGGCAACCAGGCCGAACAGAUCUAGUCGACGACUCCAAGGUGCCGCCUCGCGGCCGCUUACCCGACGGAGCUCUGGGAGCCGACCACCUCCGUUUCAUCUUCUAUCGGAUGGGCUUCAACGACCAGGAGAUAGUUGCACUAGCGGGCGGACACAACCUCGGGCGCUGCCAUACCGACCGUAGCGGGUUUGAAGGACCAUGGGUCAAUAAUCCGACGCGGUUUUCCAACCAGUUCUUUAACCUCUUGUUGAAACUCGAGUGGACGCCGAAGAAGCUGGGCAAUGGAGUGUCUCAGUUCGUCUAUGUGGAUCCGGAUGCAGAGGAGGGGGACGAGAUGUUGAUGAUGUUGCCCACGGAUAUCGCGCUGAAGACGGACGAGAAGUUUCAUGAGUGGGUGGUGAAGUAUGCGAAAGAUAAGGAACUGUUCUUCGAUCACUUUGCAAAGGCGUUUGCGAAGUUGAUCGAGCUCGGCAUCAAGAGAGAUGACAAGGGGCUGGUCAUCAAUGCAGAUAACAUCAAGGGAGGAUAUAUUUCAGCGCCGAAGAAGAGUGAUACCCCAACUGGCCCGCCGAGGAAGUCCAAGAAAGAAGCUGUUCGGGCAAGGUUAUAGAGUACGGGCCUGGUUUGUCCCGGUCGGACUGCGUUGUUUUCCUCGCAUAUGGAAUCUAGAUUAGAUGAUAUAGUUAGAGUUAGCCUGUUUUGCUUCAUUUUUGAGUUUUUCAAUAGAUGUGACUGACUGAUACCGACUUCGAGUACCAUGUAUCUGGAUGAACGGUUCUGAAGAUCCUUCAGCUAAGGAUAAAACAAAGAUCGAUUGAAGGUGAGGAUGAGAGAAGGGGGGAAUUUUGGCGA